AGUGGAGCCGCCGCUGCCGAUUCCGAAGCCGGGGUAGCUGCUGCCGCCGCUGCCGCUGCAGCCGCCGCCAGAGGAGUGGGCUUGGGAAGGAAGCGGUCACCGCUCCUUCGCUCCGCUCGCAAGCGUCUUUGCCCCCCUGCAGUCCUCCCACGGGAAUGACCGUGGAUAAAAGUGAGCUGGUACAGAAAGCCGUACUCGCCGAGCAGGCGGAGCGCUACGAUGAUGUGGCUGCGGCCAUGAAGGCAGUCACAGAGCAGGGGCACGAGCUCUCCAACGAGGAGAGAAACCUGCUGUCUGUUGCCUACAAGAAUGUGGUCGGUGCCCGUCGUUCUUCCUGGCGUGUCAUCUCCAGCAUCGAACAGAAAACAGAGAACGAGAAGAAGCAGCAGAUGGGCAAAGAGUACCGUGAGAAGAUCGAGGCAGAGCUGCAGGACAUCUGCAACGAUGUUCUGGAGCUGUUGGACAAAUACCUUAUUCCCAAUGCUACACAAUCAGAAAGUAAGGUGUUCUACUUGAAAAUGAAAGGGGAUUAUUUUAGAUAUCUUUCUGAGGUGGCAUCUGGAGACAAUAAACAAACCACUGUGUCAAACUCCCAGCAGGCUUACCAGGAAGCAUUUGAAAUUAGUAAGAAAGAAAUGCAGCCUACACACCCAAUUCGACUGGGCCUGGCACUUAAUUUCUCCGUCUUUUACUAUGAGAUUCUAAACUCUCCUUAAAAGGCUUGCAGCCAGGCAAAAACGGCAUUUGAUGAAGCGAUUGCUGAAUUGGACACACUGAAAGAAGAGUCUUACAAAGACAGCACCCUGAUCAUGCAGUUGCUUAGGGGCAAUCUCACUCUGUGGACGUCAGAAAACCAGGGAGACGAAGGAGAUGCUGGGGAGGGAGAGAACUAAUGUCUGUCGUGUUUCGUGAUCUCUUCAGUGUCACUCUGUACGCUCCACGUAUAUCCCUUUGUGCG